UGUGUGUGUGAGACAGAGAGAGAGAGAGAGAGAGUACAGGACGGACGGGACUGCACACUGCAAAAUCACAACCAGAGGAUAUCGCUCUCUCUCCCUCGGUGUGUGUGUUUCCUGCGAGGAAAGCAGAUACCGUGAAUAUGUGUAUUUAAGGCAUGAAACACGCUGAGCUGCUUCUUGACUCAGCUUGCUCAAAGAUGCAGAGUUCUUGGUGCUCAGCAAGAUUCUAUUAUUGACCAUCUGCUUAAGUGGGUGUCUUGGAUCUUUUAGUCACACCCAGUGUGUAUUCAGAGCAAGUUGGUGCCAUUAGCUCUGCACGCUGGCUUAAAUGCUGGACCUGGCUGAGGAGAGCAGCACUGCAACACCAGGAGGAAGCCACACAGGAUGUCUUGGGUCAGUGGCUUUUUAGUCGCCCGAGCGGACGACCACAAAACGGCGUGGGGCGAGCGCAAUGGCCGCAAGUGGCGGCGCAAGAGGGGCUCAUCGCUCUGGAGCCCGCGCUACAUGAGCUGUCUGCGCGACCCCGAGGGUGCGGAUGGUCCGGCCCAGGCCGUCCAGCCCCACCCACAUGGAGGGGGCGGAGCCAGCAGCAGCAACUUCAGCACACGAUGUGUCUGGCAGGAGGACCACUAUGUGGGAUCCAGGGCGGUGGACCUGGCCUUUGAGGAUGGCGAGUCCAAGAGGAUGAAGGAGGAAGAGGGGGGUGAGGAAGGUGAGGAAGAGGAGAAGAGGGGGUUAGCGGCUAGGAUUGUUUUAGGGUGCCUGAGGCAACUGGCCCAUGUUUUCCAGUCCAAGCAGUUCCGGUCAGCCAAACUGGAGCGGCUCUAUCAACGCUAUUUCUUCAGACUGAACCAAAGCUCUUUGACCAUGCUGAUGGGAGUGCUGGUGCUUGUAUGUGGGGUCAUGUUGGCCUUUCACUGCGUCCAUGGACAUCCCAACGUGGCCUUUGUCUCAGUGCUCUCGGUGGCCAUGGCCCUCUUCCUGGCCAUGAUGGUGGUCUGCAACCGCAACGGCUUCCACCAGGACUACAUGUGGAUUGUGAGUUACCUGGUGAUGGCCGUGCUGGUAGUGGUGCAAGCGUUUGGGGUGUUCAUGGUAGCCCCCCGCAGUGCCUCAGAAGGCGUCUGGUGGUCCAUCUUCUUUGUCUACAUCAUCUAUACGCUACUGCCGGUGCGCAUGAGGGCGGCAGUGCUGAGUGGAGCCGUGCUCUCCUCUAUCCACCUCAUCACGGCCUGGAGACUCAACCUGGAGGACGACUUCCUCUGGAAACAGUUAUGUGCAAACGGACUGGUUUUUCUGUGCACUAACAUCAUUGGGAUCUGCACACACUACCCAGCUGAGGUGUCUCAGAGACAGGCCUUCAAAGAGACCAGAGGAUACAUACAGGCCAGAAUACACCUGCAGAGAGAGAACCAGCAGCAGGAACGCCUGCUGCUUUCAGUGUUGCCAAGGCAUGUUGCCAUGGAGAUGAAGGCAGAUAUCAAUGCCAAGAAGGAAGAUAUGAUGUUCCACAAGAUCUACAUCCAGAAACACGACAAUGUCAGCAUCCUCUUCGCAGACAUCGAAGGCUUCACGAGUUUGGCAUCGCAAUGCACUGCCCAGGAGCUGGUGAUGACGCUUAAUGAACUUUUUGCUCGUUUCGACAAAUUAGCCUGGGAGAACCACUGUCUGAGGAUAAAGAUUCUGGGGGACUGUUACUACUGUGUGUCAGGCUUGCCUGAGCCCAGAGCUGACCAUGCUCACUGCUGUGUGGAGAUGGGAGUGGACAUGAUUGAGGCCAUCUCCUUGGUGAGAGAGGUGACAGGCGUGAAUGUGAAUAUGCGGGUGGGCAUCCACAGCGGGCGUGUGCACUGCGGGGUGCUGGGAUUGCGUAAAUGGCAGUUUGAUGUGUGGUCCAAUGACGUCACAUUGGCCAACCAGAUGGAGGCUGGAGGCAAGGCAGGGCGCAUCCACAUCACCAAAGCUACACUGCAGUAUCUGAAUGGAGACUAUGAGGUGGAGCCGGGUUUCGGAGGAGAAAGGAACGCGUACCUCAAAGACAACAACAUAGAGACCUUUCUGGUGCUCGGCUGCAGCCAGAAACGGAAAGAGGAAAAGGCCAUGAUGGCUAAGAUGCAGCGUGCCAGGGCCAACUCCUCUGAUGGGUUAAUGCCCCGCUGGGUGCCUGACCGAUCCUUUUCCAGGACCAAAGACUCCAAAGUCUUCAGACAGAUGGGCAUCGACGAAGCCUCCAGCAAAGACAACCACUGUGCUCAGGAGGCUCUGAACCCCGAGGAUGAGGUAGAUGAGUUUUUGGGACGUGCCAUCGACGCCCGCAGCAUCGACCAGCUACGCAAAGACCACGUCAAAAAGUUCCUGCUCACGUUUCAGACGCCAUUUCUGGAGAAAAAGUAUUCUAAAAAGGUGGAUGACCGCUUCGGCGGAUAUGUGGCCUGUACCCUGCUGGUCUUCUUCUUCAUUUGCUUCAUUCAACUCACUGUCCUCCCACACACAACACUAAUGCUUGGCAUCUUCAUCAGUAUCUUUAUAAUUCUUGCCAACAUCCUCUUCAUUUGUGCCAUCUACUCCUGUGUUAAGCUCUUCCCUGUUGCCUUGCAGACCGUGUCAAAGAAGAUAGUGGAGUCUCGUACCAACAGCACGUUAGUGGGGGUCUUCACUGUCCUACUUUUGUUCAUCUCUGCCUUCGCCAACAUGUUUACGUGCGAGAAGGAGGGUGUGAUUGAAUGUGUAGCUGAGGAGCUGAACAUCUCUGAGAGCGCAGUGACGCUGUGUGUGCUGCACAACCUCACACACUCAGCAGGAGACACACUAUCACUCUGUCCGAGCCAGAAAACCCCGUGUCCUUUCCCCGAGUACUUCACCUAUAGCGUGCUGCUGACUCUGCUGGCCUGCUCUGUGUUCCUGCACAUCAGCAGUAUAGGCAAGCUGGCCCUGAUGCUGCUCAUUCAGCUCACCUUCCUGCUGCUGCUCGAGUGGCCUCUGGUGGUCCUGUUCGAUAACACUGACCUACUGGUCACCGCCAACGCUCUGUCCAGUUUCAAUGGAACACAUUGCCAUGAAAGAAUGAGUAAGGUGUCCUUGAAGGUGAUGACUCCAGUAAUCCUCACUGUGUUUGUGUUGGCGCUCUACCUGCAUGCCCAGCAGGUUGAGUCCACUGCACGCCUGGACUUCCUGUGGAAACUUCAGGCUACUGAAGAGAAAGAGGAGAUGGAGGAGCUGCAGGCCUACAACCGUCGUCUCCUUCAUAACAUCCUGCCUAAAGACGUGGCUGCCCACUUCCUGGCCCGAGAGCGACGCAACGACGAGCUUUACUACCAGUCAUGUGAGUGUGUGGCUGUGAUGUUUGCCUCCAUCAGUAACUUCUCUGAGUUCUACACAGAGCUGGAGGCUAAUAACGAGGGUGUGGAGUGCCUGAGACUGCUCAACGAAAUCAUCGCUGACUUUGAUGAGAUAAUCAGCGAGGACCAGUUCAAGCAGCUGGAGAAGAUCAAAACAAUAGGCAGCACUUACAUGGCAGCGUCAGGGCUGAAUGACUCUACGUAUGACAGAGAGGGCCGCUCACACAUCUUAGCGCUGGCUGACUACGCCAUGAGACUCCGCGAGCAGAUGAAGUACAUCAACGAGCACUCCUUCAACAACUUCCAGAUGAAGAUUGGUCUGAAUAUUGGGCCUGUGGUUGCUGGGGUCAUCGGAGCUAGAAAGCCUCAGUACGAUAUCUGGGGGAACACAGUGAAUGUGGCCAGUCGUAUGGACAGCACAGGAGUGCCUGACUGCAUCCAGGUGACCACUGAUCUGUACCACGUUCUGGCCAACAAGGGCUACCAGCUGGAGUGCCGUGGCCUUGUCAAAGUGAAAGGGAAAGGAGACAUGACCACUUACUUUCUCAACAGUGGCCCUUCUAGCAGUUAACACUGACCAAAUGCCUCCGGUUGCACUGAAGUGAAAGAGGAGGAUAUGCUCUGGAGCAUAAACGAAACAUGCUUUUCUUGCUGUUCCGGAGUAAAACCACUGAGAGACUCACAGAUUAGCCUGACGGUGGUAUUGUAUUUAAUAUAUGCACACACUGAGAAUAUGUUCUCAUUCUUAGCUGCUCUCAUAGACUGUCUGAAAGAGCGAAUGUCUAAGCGCGCUGGCCUUAGAUGGAAGUGACUUCAGAAGAGGCUACAUUUUCAUUUCUUUUGUUUCAACACCAAAAUGUGGAUUCUUUAUUUAUUUUCUUUUUGACUGAUUUUUAAAGACACACAACACACAAAUAUAUAUGCAAGGAUGAAGAAUAAGAAUGCAGAUGACCAAAGAACAAACGUGUUUGAUAUAGGAACACUACAUGCGUGUUUGAUAUGUCAGAGCUAUUGUCUGAUUUCUUUUUUCUAUGAUUCUUGAAGAUCUACGUUCUUUUAUGGGCACUUAAGACUUUUUUCUUUUUGUUCCCACCACAUAAAGGCUUCAGAGACCAGAGAGGGGCUGUAAUGACUUUUAUUCGUACAGCUUAUCGAUGCUUCUUAUUGUUUUUGAAGAGUUUUGGGGAAGUGGAGUGAAGAAACUAUGAAGGAUGAGCAUUGGCAUUGGACACAAGAAAUGUAUCUUACUGUUUAUGUUCUUAUUGAACCUGUAAGUUAAGUGUGUGUGUGUGUGUGUGUGUGUGUGUGUGUGUGUGUGUGUGUGAGAGUGGGCUGAAGCGUCUGAGAGAAUAUACUGUCUUCUUUAAAGGGCAAAACUGCUCACUGUGAGGUUUCUAUAAUCUAUGUGCAAUCACUUUCUUGCCAAAUUGACUGCUCCCAGGCAUGUCGGACUUUUGUUAUCAAUAUUUCUAUAUAUAAUUUUGUGUUCAUUCCUCUUAAAUGGUUUAAUGGUUUAACUCCCCUCUCACCAAAGUUGAUGGUUUUAUGCCAACCCUUCCUCCAUUCCAAAAGAAAUCUCUAGUAGGGACAGAGUGGAAGUGUUGCUUUAACAGAUACAGCUUUAAUGCCGAACGCCCUCACAAUGGGCCUCGUUCACCAACUGUUCUCAAGAAGAAAUUUCUUCUUAAAACCUACUUACGCAGUUUUUAUGAAGAUUUUGACAUUCACCAAUGUUUGUCCUUAGGUAAGAGCAGAAUCUACGCACACUCAAGAACACAAAGGUGCGAAUAAUUCUGUGAUUUAAGAACAUGUCAUGAAUCUGACGUAGACUUCAACUUAGGACUUUUCUCAAGAACACAUUUAAGAGGAAACUUAGGGUGAUAUUGGUGAACGAGGCCCAACAUUUGUAACCGUGUUCCCAGCAGAUGAUUGCUGGUAAAAAUCUUUAAUGUAAACAUACCAGUGUUAAGGUAUUAGGCAUAAUUAAACCCAUUUAAAAUGGUAAUUCAAAAUUUCUGCCUUAUUAAAUCAUUAAGAUGUAAACAAAGCCAUUCUGAGUGGUUUGACGUGAAACUAGAAUUGUUUGUGGAAUUAGGAAUGUGUCACAGUUGUUUACAGUGGUGAAAGGAACCAAAGCUACAACGGAAAAUUAUUCCAUGAACUGGUUAUGAAUACACUGGCUGAUGUCUUGAGACGUUGUUUUACCUUUGACUUCUGGCCCUUAUCAGGCAUCGAGGAAACCCCUAAAACUCAUCUCUGUUCAUUAGAAUUACAUAUUUUGAAGUCAUUUCCAAGAAAAAAUCCCCUAAUUCCUUAAAAGCUGCUUAGUGUAGAUAGAUAGAUAGAUAGAUAGAUAGAUAGAUAUUUUUUCAACUUCAUUUAGUUUGUGCAGAUCUAUGAAUAUUUCCACUGUGGAGCCAAAUGGUUCUCAGGGCCGUACUGUGCCGUUCUGCGCUUGUCCGGACUCAAGUUAUGAUAAGACAAGUUAUGGUUUCUUUUUCCAUCUGUUGUGCCACUAAAUCAGAAACAGGGAAUAUCUAAGAAAUCUACACGAAUGAGUGGCUAUCUGCUAACAGGCUAAUAGCUACACACACACCACCCACCACAAAAUUUUAUUCCGUCUGUCAUUCCAAACACCAGUCUCACACCAUGCUCUCAGAUUCUUUGCCCUGGGUUUUAUUUGAGCAUCAGUUACUGAAACUGAGGCUGUACUGUGGCAAGUUACACCUGUAGCUGUCUAACUACACUAGCAUUAGCGUAGCAAAGCAGGGUGCAGCUCAAAGCACCACAGAACCACAGAAGUCUAUUUUUAUUUCUUUUCUAUAUUUUUUUUAUAUCUUCUUCACUUAAACACCUGUCAAAUUUGUGUUCUCAUGUAUGAGUCGGUGAUUUCUAAGCAUCGGUUCGCUGAAUAGAGUCUGUACUGCAGUGGGAGGCACCAUACACUUGUGUUAGCUUAGCUUAGCAGGCCACAGCUUAAAGCACUAUAGCACCGGUUUAAUUUCAGCUUUCUGUCACUCCACCACCAAUCAAUCACCUUUGCUCACUGAAAUAAGUUUUUAUUGUCUAUACUUAGUCAAAUCGAAACUAUGCUGGGGUGUUUGGAUCUCUUUAGCUAAGCUAAGUUAGCUAGAGGAGACAGGAGCCAGCUAGCAUUAGCUUAGAUAGGAGGCUACAGCUUCAAACACCAGAAAACAGGCUUAUUUUUCAGCUUUCUGUCCCCUCUAACAUCAGCCACUUGACUUUGCUUCCUCAGAUUUGAGUCAUUGUCAUCUAAAUUUGUGUCAGUAAAGCUUUUGGCAGUCAAAAUCGAACCUGUUCUGUGGUGAGCAGAGCUAGCAGCAUGCUAGCUAACCUAACGCUCACCAGCUACUAUCUCCUGGUUAGCAGUGCUGUUUAAAAAUUGGUGUUAGAUUGAAGCUUUGAUGUUUAAUGAAUGGUGGAUUUAAAGUCAUGCACUGCUUUCGUUUAUUUGGCGUCAGUGUGAGCGAACUGAACUUAUUUGAUUGUUUUCUGGUUUAAAAUAAUGCACAGGAUACUGUGGAGCAAUACCACCAUACAUGUAGAACCAGUCAGUGAAUAGCUACGUCACUAUGUCAUCCUACCAAACGGUUCUGUGGUCCCAAAUACGGUUAGCAAACUGUGCCGAGAGAAAUGCGCUGGGCCUGUUUUUUUUUUUAAUGACCACAAGUAAAAUGGCUAUAUUUUUUAUGUAGACGUGGUGACUCCUGGUUCCUAUCGCCACCACUGUAAAGAAAUCUGAAUUGCUGAGUUUCUCUACAAUCAACCAUUUUAAACCACUCUGAAAUACCUUGUUUAUGUCUGAAUGACUGAAUUAUGCAGAAAUUUUGAAAAACAAAUUCAUUCCAUUUUCAGCAGCUUCAUGUUUUAGAGUGUGUUUAAGUGAUGAUGUAAUCUAACAGUGGACAAAUCACGGAUAUGUUCAUCAUUUCUGCGAGGUGUUGCCGUCAGGACGGAAUAUCAGUGAUUUACCAUUAACACAUAGGAUUAGGGCUGCUGCAGUCAUGACUGUGUCUUUGUAAUAGUGCUAUUAAAAAGUGACUCAUGAUCCAAAUUCUCAUCACUUUCAACUGGUUUCCAUGUAAAUGUACAUUUUACAUCCUUUUCUCUGCCCUAUAUAAAUGGCCCUUUUUAAGUUAAAGCAUUAUAGUCCCACAUUCAGGACAUUUUCCACAAGACAGAUCAAUAAACUGUGCGCUUUAUUCCAGGUUGUUUGUUCCAAA